AUGGCACCGAUAACGUCGUAUAUAAAGUUGAGCCCGCGAAUGGUGGUUCCAGUUAAAACUUACGUGAACCGUAAGGAGAUACAGAAGAACAUCAGUAAGCUCUCCAUGCACCAGACAACUCUUAACCUCUCGAAAGUUAUGCGAAUUACCUUAUCAAACAAAGACCUUCGAAGACUAUAUGAAGAUAUCAAACCCAUUCUCCUGCGUAUCUUACUUGAGUACUCAGCAGAUCACAUAAGGUCUAUAUCUAAACCUGUCAGCGAUGGCAAGUAUCGCAUCCCGCUCACAACAGACGACUGGAAAUGCUAUUUAGAAAUAACAGUUGGAGAGAUCGAAGAACUGCGUCAAUAUUUGCGAUACGAGGCUUUGGGGCAUAAUUUGGGUCAAUCCUGGCUUCUAGUCAAAGACGUAGUGUUCAAAAGGGAGGAAACGGCUGAUCCACUAUUGGGUGAGGAGGAAGACUAUAAAUCUAUAAAAGUCAAGUACCGAAAUCCUCAGAUCAUUCCGAUUCCACUUAGCCUCUACGUGCACGCUACUACGAAAUGA